AUGUAUGUUUUAAGCAACACAAAAAAUAAAUUAAAAUUUUCAUUGGUUCUAUUAUCAAAAGUAAAGUCAAUACAUUUUUACUUACUUAUGUCAUUUACAACAAUAUCCUAUGUGUCUUAUUAUUGGUAGAAUAUUACAUAAGGAUAUUUAAACUAUUUGGAUAAACAAUUAAAAGAAUAAUAAAAGAAAUUAGAACCAAAACCUCCUAUUACAGGAUCUUCAAUAGUUAUCAAUGAAGUAUUAAGAAAAGAAAGCAUAAAUAAAAUGUUGGGAGAGCUGAUUGUAAGAAUAGAUAAUAAAUAAUCAACUUAACAUAAUGUAGCAAAAUAAUUAUGUAAAUUGGGCAAUCUAUCAUUUUUAUAUGAUAAGACCUUUGUUUUAACUAAAGAUCUAUUAAUUCAAUAGGUUUUUAAUAAUGAUGAUAUAUUUUUAAAAUUUAGAGACUUGUUAAUUAAAGUUUUGAAUGAUUAAAGAACUUAAGUUGUUACUUUGAUAUGUGAUUAAUUAAGAACUAAUGCAAUGGAUGUAGCAAUAAGAAAUUUAGCAAAUUUAUAUAAUUAAGAGGGAUUUUAAUAAGGAUUAUCAAAUGCUUUGAUAGGUGGAUUGUAUACGUAUUUAGAUGAUAGAAGUACUGUAACUGAGUUAUUGAAAUUAUUAUAAAAGAAGAAGUGAACCGC